CCUGCUCUACGGAGUGGACUCGUCCAUAGCGGUGCACCACGGGAAAUCCAUCAUGGCGGACGAUCAGGUUAUAGCUCAGGAUCUUCCCAAGGCCAUGGACACCCUGAGGGACAUUAAAACACAGGUGGACUCUGUGACAGGAGACAUGAAGGGUUUACUGAAGAAAGUAAAAGAUGGAGAGAUAUCUACUGCAAAGGGCAUCAGUUUUCUGGAGUCAAAGUACCAGCUUCUCCUGAGUUACCUCAUCAACCUAACUUACGUCAUGCUGAGGAAGGUGGAGGGAGGCUCUAUCAGGGGGGACCCUGCUGUCAGCAGGAUUGUGGAGAUCAGGACGUACCUGGAGAAGAUGAGACCCAUCGACCACAAGUUGAAGUACCAGGUGGACAAACUGGUCAAGAUGGCUGCCAUGGGUGACCUUUCUGAAAAUGAUCCACUGCGGUUCAAACCUAACCCUGACAACCUCACAAGUAAGCUGGAUGAAUCAGAGGCGGAGUCAGAAGACAGUGACGAGGAAAAAGACUCUGGGAAGCCCAAGGUGUACGUCCCACCCAAACUGGCACCCAUGCACUAUGAUGAAGACACGCCCGUCCAGAGACAACAGAAGAAGGAUGAGCAGGCCAGGAAGAGAGCUCUGCGCAGUUCUCUCAUCAGGGAACUUAAAGAGGCUCAUUCAGAUGCACCGCAGGAGAUAAGAGACUCUGUGGGCUUCCGUAGAAGUGUGGAGACUCAGGACGACAGACAUCAAAGAGAGUAUGAAGAAGACUACUUUGUGCGCCUGGCUGUUUCUAAGAAGCAGAAACGUAAGCAGAGUCAGGGGAUGGUGUCCACUCUGAACCAGAUCACCAAGUUUGGUGACACCAGUGCUCUGUUCGGGGGAGAGGGAGGGGCAAGCUCCUCCAAGAAAAGGAAAAGGUCAUCAAAGAAGGGAAAGAAAGGUGCAAAGAAAGGGUUCAAGAAGAGGAGGAAGUGAUCUCCUCAUGGUGAAUGAUAAAGACAUGUCCAGGGAUGAAAUCUACAUUCAAUGCCUUCUAGUAAAGUUUUCCAUUUUUCCCAUUUAUUCCAUGGAUUACCACAAUAUGAUGAUGAUGAUAUGAAUUAAAACCAAGCAGAUGUCAGGAAGGAAAGACUUGCCAAAUAAAACAAGAAGUGAUACAUUUUGCAGAAUAUUUU